CAUAUAGGUCUGCAUCUAGGUAACAUACCCUAUUUUCAAGCUUGUCAAUCUCAUUUUUUGGACCCAAAAAAAAGGAAUUAGCUACGAAAUUCGUUACUGAUUGUCGCUAAAUAGUCUAUACCUAAUAGGAUUUUUCUAUAAUCCAUCGCAAAUCCGUCGUAAAUAAGUUUACCGACAAAAGUACGUUGUUUAGCGACGAAGUUCGUCCGAUGCUAUUUUUUUUCUAGUGGUACAACUACCUGAUCUUCCCUGAGCCGAGGGUCUACCGGAAACAACUACUCUACCUUAGCGGCAAAAAUAUAAUUUGUCUGAUGCUAAUUUUUUUUUUUUUUGGUAGUGGUACAACUACCUGAUAUUGUAUAUUUUGACUUGAUAAUGCAUAAUUUUUUUCUAAAUUACCAAUGCGUAGAAGUUAAAUUCUUAUAGAUAAAUUUUAAAAGUUAAUAGAAUUUAUUCUUUCUUUCAAUGUAUGCAGCUAUAUUGGAGUGCAAACUCAACACACAAAAACCCAGAAUAUUUCCCAGAGCCACAAAAGUUUGAUCCUUCAAGAUUUGAAGGUUCAGGACCAUCUCCUUACACAUUUGUGCCAUUUGGAGGAGGGCCAAGAAUGUGUCCAGGAAAAGAAUAUGCAAGACUUGAAAUACUUGUUUUUAUGCACCAUUUAGUGAAAAGGUUUAAGUGGGAAAAAGUUAUUCCUAAUGAGAAAAUUGUUGUUGAUCCAAUGCCUAUUCCUGCUAAAGGACUUCCUGUUAGACUUUAUCCUCACCAAGUUUAGUCAACUAUGUUAAUCUCAGUCUUUUUUUAAUGAUAUUUUUAAGUUAAAUAUCCCAGGAAGUUUUUGGGAAAGGUGUAUAAAACAGACAAAAACUAUAUGGUUAUUUUCAAUGUAAGAUUGCUGGCCUUCUAUGGA